AUGGCGCAGCUUUUAAUCAACCGAAUCUUCAAACCAUCUGUCUGCAAAAACUUUCUCAGACACACAAACGUUCGUAUGUUCUCAUCUACAACUCACUUCUCAUCUACACCAGCCUACCCGUUUCUGUUGAUUGACUACAUCCUUAACAUCGCAGACUCUUCUCUGGAUGGUCGUGUAACAACACAAAAUUAUUCCUCCAAGGGAAAGAAAGUCUAUAUUAACGACGAGAAACUCAGUGAGGAGGUCUGUGAUGCGAUGACUGUCGGCUUUUCACGUGAUGGACUAGAACUAGAACUAGAAUCCUAUAUUUCGUACAGUGACGACGAGGAACUUAUCAUCAACUAUAAUCCCUCGAACCCCAAACUUGAAGACGUGACCGUUCAUCUACCUUCUCUACCCACCGAUACCGAAAUCCAAAACCUGGUCAUGUCCUCUUUACCUGUCCGAGAUAAAGAUUGGGUAGUGGGUGUCAAGUUAUCAGGAUCUCGGUUGAGUCUCUGUAGGCCUUUUGGCAGCUCUAAAUGGAUCAACAUCAACACCAUGCCUCAGUGUAUAAACCCUUUUUCGACCCUCAUGUUCUCCAAGACAGAUCAAAGGUUCUACAUUCCAAGUAUUGGAGGCAACUACUUGUGCUACUUGGAUCUCAACUCUAAGGAGGAUGAGAAACCCAAGUUCAUCGACAUGGAAUUUGACAAUCUUCCAAAGUCUGUGUAUGAGGAGUUGGCUGAAGUGAGUUCAUGUUCUAGGACAGAGCAUCUUGUGGAGUCACCCACCGGCCAACUUUUCCUCGUCAAGUGGUACGGUAAGGACAUGAAGGAUUAUGAAAACGAUCUGAUACAUGUAACAGAAAAGUUCAUGGUGUUUAGAGCAGGUGAGGAAUCGGACGAGUAUGGAAAGACUAUGAUCUACACAGAAGAUAUUGGAGAUCUUUGCAUUUUUGUUGGACGUGGUGAGGCUUACUGUGUCCCGGCAAGUUUUUCCCAUGGACUCAAGCCUAACUGCAUCUAUUUUGUUGGCCAUAACUUUGGUGUUUACGAUCUCGCCACCAAAACCUGCACUACCUUGUACAUAGAAGAUUACAAACCAUUAAGGAAGUUGGACUUCCCUUACUGGCCUCCUCCUAAUAAUUAA